CCUCUGCCUCCUUCUUCCUCCGCAUGUGGCUGGCGGCGGUGGCGGCGCAGCAGUUGAGUUCACGCUCUGUUUGCCCGCCGCGUCUCCUCAAGGCUCUUCUGGCCUGACCGGAGCCAUGUCGAUCUCCGAGAGCAACCCGGUGGCCGCCUCCCUGCCCAACGGCGACUGCGGCCGCCCCAGGGCGCGGCCCGGAGGGAACCGGGUGACGGUGGUGCUGGGCGCGCAGUGGGGCGACGAGGGAAAAGGGAAGGUGGUGGAUCUGCUGGCGCAGGACGCCGACAUCGUGUGCCGCUGCCAGGGAGGGAAUAAUGCUGGCCACACGGUUGUUGUAGAUUCUGUGGAAUAUGACUUUCAUCUUUUACCUAGUGGAAUAAUUAACCCAAACGUUACUGCCUUCAUUGGAAAUGGAGUGGUAAUUCAUCUUCCUGGAUUGUUUGAAGAAGCAGAGAAAAAUGUUCAAAAGGGGAAAGGUCUAGAUGGCUGGGAAAAAAGGCUUAUCAUAUCGGACAGAGCUCAUAUCGUGUUUGACUUUCACCAAGCAGCUGAUGGUAUCCAGGAACAGCAGAGACAAGAGCAAGCAGGAAAAAAUUUGGGUACCACGAAAAAGGGCAUUGGCCCAGUGUAUUCCUCUAAAGCUGCUCGGAGUGGACUUCGGAUGUGUGAUCUCGUUUCUGACUUCGAUGGCUUCUCUGAGAGGUUCAAAGUUCUAGCUAACCAGUACAAAUCCAUAUAUCCUACUUUGGAAAUAGACAUUGAAGGUGAAUUACAGAAACUCAAGGGUUAUAUGGAAAGGAUUAAACCGAUGGUGAGAGAUGGAGUUUAUUUCCUAUAUGAGGCCCUCCAUGGACCACCCAAGAAAAUCUUGGUAGAAGGUGCAAACGCAGCAUUGUUAGAUAUUGAUUUUGGAACUUACCCUUUCGUAACCUCUUCAAACUGUACUGUUGGAGGUGUUUGUACAGGUUUGGGGAUGCCCCCUCAAAAUGUUGGAGAAGUAUAUGGAGUUGUAAAAGUUUAUGCCACUAGAGUUGGUAUUGGUGCCUUUCCCACAGAACAAGACAAUGAAAUUGGAGAAUUAUUACAAACACGGGGUAGAGAAUUUGGAGUAACUACUGGGAGGAAAAGAAGAUGUGGCUGGUUGGACCUUGUUUCACUCAAAUAUGCUCAUAUGAUCAAUGGAUUUACUGCGUUGGCCCUUACCAAGUUGGAUAUUUUGGAUAUGUUUACGGAAAUCAAAGUUGGCAUUGCUUACAAAUUAGAUGGGGAAAUUAUACCUCACUUCCCAGCAAACCAUGAAGUCUUAAAUAAAGUGGAAGUUCAGUAUAAGACUCUACCAGGAUGGAACACAGACAUAUCUAAUGCAAGGACAUUUAAGGACCUACCUGUCAAUGCACAAAAUUAUGUUCGAUUUAUUGAAGAUGAGCUUCAGAUACCAGUUAAAUGGAUUGGUGUAGGAAAAUCCAGAGAGUCCAUGAUUCAGCUCUUCUGAGGAUCGCCAGCAAUGAGCACACAGACACUCCUUGAGAGGAAGGGAAAAAUACUUAAGCAUU